AUGGCAAUGAGCGAAAUCAUCAUGCCGAUCUUGCCUGGCAUAAACGGUCCCGCACAUACAUCCCAAACGCCGACUGAGCACUUGCCCGAUGACGACGGAUCGCUCGCAGUGCAGGCCUCCCAGAGCCAUUUCACCGCUGGUUUGCCGUCACUGAACAUGAUCAAUGGUGCGAAUGUGGAUAGCGCGCAUCCAGGAGCGCCUGGAGAAUCGGAGGUUCUGAAGAUCGUGGCGUACGUCGACGGUGCGGCUCCAUUCGCACGCGACAGUAGCGCUCGACCUGUCGGGUAUGGUGCAUACUGGGCUCAUGGCCGACCGGAGGGUGUGCCGGGGGAUCUCUCGCGCCGAUGUGCGCAGGGUAGGGCGGGCAACUAUGCAGAGAUGUUGUCGAUCGUGCGGGUUCUGGAGUUGACAGCGGAGGAUCCCCGCCCGCUGACAAUCGUGACCGACUCUCAGUACUGCUGCAAAUGUUUUGACUGGGCGGACGGCUGGCGCCGUAGAGGCUGGACGACCUCCCAGGGCGACCCAGUCAAGAACAUGGAUCUGACCCGGUACAUGGUCGCACUCCGUGCUCUGCGCGCCGGACCUACAGACGUGUAUCACUCUCCGGCAUUCGGUGGUUCACUCCGCGGGCUUCCGGGAAGUCGUGUUGGGAGUGAGCGCGCGGACGAGCUUGCUGUUGCUGGUGCACGACUUUCUGAGGAAGAGGCUGAGGGAGAGACUGAUGAGGAUUGGGCACGGCUGAGGGAUGAAGCAGAGGCAAGGCUCGCCGCUCGAGGCUGA